GGGCCCGGCCACAAAGGAAUGAAGGUGAUAGAAAACCGGGCCAUGAAAGAUGAGGAAAAGAUGGAAAUCCAGGAGAUGCAGCUCAAAGAGGCCAAGCACAUUGCCGAGGAGGCCGACCGCAAGUAUGAGGAGGUGGCUCGUAAAUUGGUCAUCCUGGAGGGCGAGCUGGAGAGGGCGGAGGAGCGUGCAGAGGUGUCCGAACUAAAAUGUGGUGACCUGGAAGAAGAACUCAAGAACGUCACGAACAAUCUGAAAUCACUCGAGGCUGCCUCUGAGAAGUAUUCUGAAAAGGAGGAUAAAUACGAAGAAGAAAUUAAACUGUUGUCCGACAAACUGAAAGAGGCUGAGACCCGUGCUGAAUUUGCAGAGAGAACGGUUGCAAAACUGGAAAAGACGAUUGAUGACCUGGAAGAAAAACUUGCCCAGGCCAAAGAAGAGAACGUGGGCUUACAUCAGACACUGGAUCAGACACUAAACGAACUUAACUGUAUAUAACCAAAACAGAAGAGUCUUGUUCCAACAGAAACUCCAGAGCUCUGUGUCUUUCUCUUCUCUUGUAAGAAGUUUCUUUUGCUAUUGAAAUCUUCGCUUUGCUGGAAAUGUCAAGCAAAUUAUGAGUACGUGACCAAAUAUUUUGUAUCAGAGAAGCUUUGAGCACCCCGUUAAAUCUCAUUCCUUCCUUUUUUCAAAUGGCACCAGCUUUUUCAGCUCUAUUUUUAUCUUUAAGUUGCAUUUAUUCAUAAGGUAGGCAGGGUAUUUCAUACUGAGCAUACGCCUAUAGAGACUGAGGGCGUUUGGUUCCUGGGAGAAUAAACAACCUUAUACUUUCAAAAACCAACGCCAGUGUCUAGUCACAGGUGAACUUAAAAGGCCGCAGAAUACAUAACCUUCUGGGCCACUGUUGGUCACACGACGGGUAGCCAGGGACCAUCCCAUUAAAAUGGGUAGGGAUUUUCCAUCCAGAGCAUAAAAAAAGAGAGGAGGGGGAAGAGGGCUUGCCUUGUGGGAAGUCAUAAACCAUAGAUCAACCUUAUCAUCCUGGCUCUUUCCCACACACCACCAUGCAGAACAAACAUCCUCUGGGCAGGUAGCAGGAGAAUGCUUGGGAAAUCAUCGUAAUAAUUACCCAGAUAUUUUCUGGAUAGAUCCUAUGUUCCUCUACAGGUUUCUUUCAUUCUGAAGUUCUCUGAGGAGCAGAUCUCUUAUUCCAAUAAUGACCCAUGCUUGUCUGCUCUGAUCUGAGACCAUCUGCUUAGCAGGAAUGAAUGUGGCAGAAUUCAGUCUCAUUCAGAGAAGUCCUAUCAAAAAGACUGCGAGCCAUCAAUAAUUGAGCAAUGCUGACAACUACUGGGCAGAAGGGUCCUCUCUGACAGCAAAGUACAGAUAGAGCAAUGGGCCUCGCUUCCUCUCCUGUAUACUUCCGGGAAUAGCAAACUGAAGAUUUACUUAUGUAGGACUUUAAUUCCUUCUUCAGGACCAAGUUAAUGAAAGACCAAGAAACUCCUGAUUAAACUGGAUAUGGAGCAUUUUGUAGGCACAGCUGCAUUUUGGCUUUGUUGUCUUUCUGCUUUCUGGGGUAACAUCUCAGAGCUGAAACAUUCCACAUUCCCCAGCAGUGUGGGGGCCAACUCAAGUUUACAAUUCUGACAAAAUCACCCUGCUUCUAGCUUAUCCAAAUUCUCUGCCCCUCACUCCUAUUUAUUAAGCAUCACACUACCCAGAAGGUACACUAGCAAAUUGUGCAAUUAAAUAAAACGCACACCUUUCAUUUAGAUUCUCGCAACUGUAUCAUAUGUAAUAGUAUCACUUUUUCUACAUUUUGGUCAAAUAAAUUUUUACAUAAACUA